UUUUUGCAUAAGAACUAUCGACAAUUCACAAAAUAUAUUAUUAUUAUUACUCCCCUCCACAGAAAUAAAAGAAGAAAAAGAAACAUAUGCUCUAGAAAAGGAGCGAUAGAGAAAGUGCGUGAGUGUGUGCGAGUGGUGUACUGAAUAAUAAACCCAAACAAGCUCUCCCAGUCCCAGGUGACGAUCUCUCCAAUGCUUCUUUGCACUGUCUAUCUUUCUCUCUCUCUGUUUUCUUUUUUAAAUCUACAAGCAAUAUAGUAGUAGGACUGGAAGAGGAAGAGGAAGAGGAAGAGGAGGAGGAGGAGUGUAGCAACACCGUCGGUAAUAACAAAGUCCUUCAUUUAGCCGAUCGUGGUGGUGGGUCUACUAGUAGUAGUACAACUCAGAUCCCUCUCCCCCACCUCUGUCUGCCGAAUCUGGACCUUCCACCCUCUUUUUUUCUGCGUUCUUCUUCACGCUUUGGUUUCGUCCGCUCUUGAAUCCUUUCUAGGGCCUGGUAAUAAAAAACGGCGGUCUUUCCAGAAUGGCUGCAACGCCUCAACCUCCAGUCACAUUUAGUGGGAAACUGUCAUCCAAACCUUCUGCUUCCGACCUUUUGCGGAGCUCAAGUAAUGGUGUUUCUGGUGUUCCUCUGAGAGUGCUCGGGAGGGCGCAUAUUGGAUCAAAAAGGACGGAUUUUGCUGUCUCAGCCAAGCUCAGGAAGGUUAAAAAGCAUGAGUAUCCAUGGCCAGAAGACCCUGACCCCAAUGUUAGGGGUGGAGUCCUUAGUCAUCUCUCUCCCUUCAAGCCUCUAAAGGAGAAACCCAAGCCAGUUACACUGGAUUUUGAGAAACCUCUUAUGGACCUGCAAAAGAAAAUUAUUGACGUACAAAGGAUGGCAAAUGAAACUGGUCUGGACUUCAGUGAUCAGAUUAUCUCCCUGGAGAACAAAUAUCAACAGGCUUUAAAAGAUCUGUACACACAUCUGACUCCCAUACAACGUGUGAACAUUGCACGGCAUCCUAAUAGACCGACAUUCCUUGAUCAUGUUUUUAAUAUUACAGAGAAGUUUGUAGAGCUUCAUGGUGACCGUGCUGGGUAUGAUGAUCCUGCUGUUGUGACUGGUCUGGGAACAAUAAAUGGUAGAUGUUACAUGUUCAUGGGCCAUCAGAAGGGCAGGAACACAAAGGAGAACAUUCAGCGAAAUUUUGGAAUGCCUACUCCCCAUGGUUACAGGAAGGCUAUGCGCAUGAUGUAUUAUGCAGAUCACCAUGGAUUUCCAAUUGUUACUUUUAUUGACACUCCAGGAGCUUAUGCUGACCUUAAAUCUGAGGAACUAGGCCAAGGGGAAGCCAUAGCUCGCAACCUGAGAACUAUGUUUGGAUUGAAAGUACCAAUUAUCUCUAUUGUUAUAGGAGAAGGUGGUUCUGGUGGUGCUCUUGCAAUUGGUUGCGCCAACAAACUUCUAAUGCUAGAAAAUGCUGUCUUCUAUGUUGCCAGCCCAGAAGCUUGCGCAGCAAUCUUAUGGAAGACUGCCAAAGCCUCUCCAAAGGCUGCUGAGAAACUUAAGAUUACUGCUGCAGAGCUGUGCAAGCUGCAGAUUGCUGACGGUGUCAUUCCCGAGCCUCUUGGUGGUGCACAUGCAGAUUCGCACUGGACCUCACAACAGAUUAAAACUGCAAUUCUUGAUGCCAUGGAUGAACUGGUAAAGAUGGACCAGGAAGAAUUAUUGAAGCAUAGGUACCUGAAGUUCCGAAAGAUCGGUGGAUUCCAAGAGGGAAUUCCAGUAGAUCCACAGAAGAAGGUUAACAUGAAAAAGAAAGAUACUCCCAUUAUUCAGCCUGGCAAGACUUCAGGUCUCGAAUUGAAGGAGGAGGUCGAAAAGCUAAAACAACAGAUACUGAAAGCCAGAGAAACAUCAACAGAGAAGCCAGGAUCAGGUCUUAAAGAGAUGAUAGAGAAACUGAAAAGAGAGGUUGAAUUGGAAUUUUCUGAAGCUGCUAAAGCUCUGGGUUUUGGGGACAAAAUUGUGGUGCUGCGAGAAGAGUUUGCAAAAGCAAGGAAUUCAAAUGAUCAGCCCAUGAACACCGCUUUGAAGGAGAAGAUUGAUAAGCUUAGAACUGAAUUCAACCAAAAGCUUUCUAGUGCUCCUAACUAUGCAAGCCUGAAAUACAAACUUGACAUGUUGCAGGAAUUAUCCAAUGCACAGAAUCUGUCUGGGGAGAGCAACAAGGUUGGUGAACUGAAGCAGGAGAUCAAUAAGAGAUUCAAGGAGCUUACUGAGCAGCCUGAGUUAAGGCAAAAGAUUGAGGCAUUAAGGGCUGAAAUUGAGAACUCAGGAAUUUCAGAGGAGGUGAAGGAGAAAAGUUUGCUGCUGAAGGAUGAAAUAGAGUCGGAGUUUACUGGUAUUCUCAAGUCGUUGAAUCUGUAUGUUUAUCCACCACCCUCGUCUGUAGAAGCACAGGAAAAAGUAGACAAGUUUAACAGGGAAAUUACUGGUAUAAUGGAAGAUGUUGUGAGGUCAACUGAUUUGAAAGACAAGAUUAAGUAUUUACAAAGAGAGGUGGCAAAGGCUGGAAAGACGCCAGAUGCAGAAUCAAAGGCAAAGUUUCAGGCAUUGUGGCAGCAAAUAAAGAAGAGCCUGGUUGAUGCUAUGAGCUUCUCGGAACUACAAGAGAAGCAUAAGAAGCUGAAGGCAGAGAUUUCUGAAGACCUUGAAUCUUCUAAAGGGACAAAUGGAAGUUUGCUAAAAGAGAACAUUGUGGAUGACAAUUUGAAGUAUGAUGAUGGACCAAAAGUUGAGGUGAAGAUUGCUAGUAACUAGCCAUGCAACCAAUCGUGACAGUGGAUGAAUCUGUUGAAACUAUAGCAACAAUUUGGAGACGAAACUUUCUACAACUAUUUGUUGGAGUCAUCUUCUACAAAAGGAACCUGUGAAUCUUUGCCUGUUCUGACGAUACGACAUUCUGCUGACAGCGUUUCCAGUUUGCUUUAGUAUACCAUCGUGGAUUAUAAUUUAAACUUUGUGAUCUCAAAAGUUUUUGGUAGGUGUAAUCUGUUUUGUAGUUGAACGCGAGUCAUUGUAUAAAACUAUUUAAGGAGAAGCAUGCGUUAAAUUUAUCCAAAAGCUAGUAGCAUGGUUUACGUUACCCUGAAAGUAUGGGGCAAACCGAAUUCGAGAUGUACAUCUUUGAAAAAGCCCUAAUAGGACCCGGGGGAGUAUUGUAAUCAUGAACUUCUUCAUUCAGACUAAAUCUAUUUGGCAAAUAAAUUUUCAAGGCAUUUCGUAUUC